AUGAUCGGAGUUGACCAUCCACUUUGCGGAUCCGUAGCCGCUAGUGUGGGAUCGGACCGGACCUUGGUCAACCCCGCUCUUAGCGUGAAUCAAGUAGUCCUUCAGUCUGGCCUCUUCCACCUACAUCAAACGUGCUGCCCGAAUGGCCAUCCACAUACCGCGACCUCGAGGCGUGUACCGCCCGAGGAAAUAUGCAAGAGCCCUUAUACUGCAGAUAACAUUGAUGAUAUAGGUCUACUUCGCUCGCACGAUAUUCUCAAUGCUCAGCACCAUCGCCUAUGGAAUGACACUACACACUUCCCAUCCCCAUCUCUGACCGACUAUACACAGCUCAAUUGCGGAAUGCAGGCAGGCUUCAUGAAGCACACCGUGUCUUCGAAGAUGACGAGGCGGCGAAGAUUGUCUCAGACGCUAGUCAGCUUCGUAGAAUAUCAAUUGGAGAAUAUAUCCAUGAUGUCUGGGAGCAUUAGUGGGAGUGGAGGAGCUAUCAAUGUACUCUCAAAUCAAAUGAUAUUCUUCUUCGCUCCAUCAAAGUACCCUGCCAGGUGGCCUGCACAAGGCAAUUCUUGGCAUCAAAUGGCUGUGCAUCCGAAAGCGGUAUGGUGCGGAAAGCUUGAUCUCACGCGUCUCCAUUGUCGUUCUUGUCUCGAAGCACUUCUUUGUCCAUUGUAUCAUCUUUGGUCUCACCGACCGAGACAUUAUUGCUCAUGCAAGUGGCGUGAGCCUCUGUCUCGCCGUGACUGCAGCAUCAUGUUCGCGGCCAAGCACUUAAUUGACCCUCCAACUCACUACGUGUUUCCCAAAAUAUCGACGAGCGAAGGGGGAUUCAAUGCCUCAGAUCACCUCCAAGGCUUCGAUGCGAUGCGAGGCGCUAUACUUGUGUCCUCUCAGCGCCGACGCCGACACCUAUCAUUCGUGCGAUCAUUCAUUAGCGAAACCCAGCCGCUUACGGAACUACGCUCACCAUAG